AUGUAUGACAACGAAACUAAAGAAUGGAACAAAAUGCGCCUUCUAGAGAGUCCUAGAAUGUCAUCCAGUUCACAUUUUGUUUUUGCUCCAAUUAAAAGGGUUGGUGGAGGUACCACAGGAACUGGAGAUGGCAGACGAUGGUCAGUUGCUAGCUUACCAUCUAGUGGUUAUGGUACGACACCAGGUUCCAGUAACGUUUCGUCACAGUACUGAAGUCAAGAACGCUUGCACCAACUUCCAAAUGUUCCCACCAAGGACGAAUUACGUAUGCUUUCUUGCCAUUUUCCUAAACCCGGCACGCCGUGUUCUUCGCAUUCAGGUUUUCCAGGAUCUAGUAUUUCUAGUAUUUCAGGCAGUGUAUCUCUCCGUUUCGAUGAAGAAGGUCGUAGGAAGGUCACCGUUACACAGACCACGGUCACGAACAGUCCGAGUCGAUCUCCUGUAUUAGACAGCGAAAUUGUUAUGAUGAAUACUCUUUAUAAGGAAAGAUUUCCAAAGGCAACACAACAAAUGGAAGAACGUUUAACCAAUUUUAUUAAUGAAAAUAAGGAAUUGGAUGAAUAUGAAGUAAUGGCAAAUAUGACCCAAGAUUCACUACCGAUUUUACGGUUUGUGCAUCAUCAAGUAAUUGAAAUGGCGAGGGACUGUUUACAAAAAUCUCAGGAAAAAUUAAUUACAACUAGAUAUUUUUACGAAAUGAGUGAAAAUUUGGAACAUUUGUUGAUGGAGACAAAAGAUAAAUCACUCGAUGCAGCAACAAGAUUAACGGGGCUUAUCAAAAAGCUACUAUUAGUAAUAUCACGUCCAGCUCGUCUAUUGGAAUGUUUAGAAUUUGAUCCAGAAGAGUUUUAUCACUUACUCGAACAGGCUGAAGGUCAAGCAAAAAUUAAUGCGGGAAUAAAAAACGAUAUACCUCAGUAUAUUAUUAACAAGCUUUCUCUUAAUAGAGAUCCAAUAUCAGAACUGCAAGAAGAUUUAAAUAAACUGGAAGAUUCGGCAAGUUCGAGCGAUAGCAAUUUACAAAUCGCUUCAAGUCCAAAUAAAGACGAUGAAAAGUCUCACCGCGUUCCUUGUGAAGGCGAUUAUGAAGUAUUGAAACUCAUUAGUAAUGGUGCAUACGGCGCAGUGUAUUUGGUUAAGGAGAAAACUACACGACAAAGAUUUGCUAUGAAAAAAAUAAAUAAGAACAAUUUGAUGCUAAGAAAUCAAGUUGAACAAGUUUUUGCUGAGAGAGAUAUAAUGAGCUUUACAGACAAUCCAUUUGUAGUUUCUAUGUACUGCAGCUUCGAGACAAAAAAGCACUUGUGCUUAGUAAUGGAAUAUGUAGAGGGUGGAGAUUGCGCUAAUCUUUUAAAAAAUAUUGGUCCAUUGCCACCGGACAUGGCAAGAUUUUAUUUUGCAGAAACCGUUUUAGCUGUUGAAUAUUUGCAAUAUUUGAUCGUCGAACAAAGUUCUUUUUUCGUUUUCAGUGGCGACAAAUCUUUACGAAGGAUACAUAGAUAG